GGCGACAAAGAUCACCUGAACAUAACAGACUACAGAAUGAGAGGAAAUCUGGACAAAACAGCAUUCGGCGCUUGUGAAUGGCUGAUCUAAAAAAUGUGUUGAGCUCAUCAGUCCGUAUUCAAUUAGUAAAGCAACACACCCCGUGAUAAAGCUGUUUAGGAGCAGCGAGAAUGCGGCGUCUGGGUUCAGUGCAGCAGAAGAUCCCAUGUGUGUUCCUGACGGAAGUGAGAAACGAACCAUCCAGAAAACGCGACUGUCAGUUUCAGGUGGUGGCCACUGAGAGUGUGAACCCUGCUGCUCUUGAAUCAGAUGUUCACUGUGCAGCAGCAACCGAGAAGAUUGAUGGGACGUGCUGCUAUGUCACCACAUACAGAGGGGAACCGUAUCUCUGGGCUCGCUUGGAUCGGAAACCCACCAAGCAGGCAGACAAGAGAUUCAAAAAAUAUCAGUAUUCGCAGAAGACCUGUAAAGGAUUUGUGUGGAACGUAGACGAAGAUUUCCGUGAAGUGCCAGAAUCCUGGAUCGCUGCUCACAGAGUCCAGCAUGAGAACGGCCAUCCAGUGCCGGACGAACAUGGACACACACCAGGUUGGGUUCCGGUGGAUCAUACCAACAAGCAGUACUGCUGGCACGCCUCUGUGGUCAACUAUGAUGCUGGUGUUGCCCUCGUCCUGAAGACACACAGAGAGGAUGAAGGAUUGCUUGAAAUCGUCAGCGUUCCUCUGGCAGACCUCAUGGAGCAAACCCUUGAGCUUAUUGGAACCAACGUUAAUGGAAACCCAUAUGGUUUGGGAAGUAAGAAGCAUCCAGUCCAUGUCCUGGUGCCCCAUGGGGUCCUGCGCAUCCGGAACCCUCCUCCAGUGGAAUUCCAGCAGCUGUAUUCCUGGUUUCAGGAAUGCCAAGAGGGGCGAGUGGAGGGAAUCGUUUGGCACUGUGAUGAUGGGACACUGAUCAAGGUAAAUAAGGUUUCAUAUAGGGCUGGUCAAUAAUUUAAUAUCAAUAUAUAUUGCAAUUUUUUUCAAUAACGGUGAUAUGAUUUUUAAACAUAUCUCAUAUUUCGUUGAAUAAACAUGAGCACUGCACGUUUCAAAAUCAAAACGAGGCAAGGGUGUUUUAUAUAAAUGUAUCCUUGAAGGGAACCGAGUGUCGUCAGAAAAGUUUCGAUGGCAUUUUCAUUUGAUCUGAUGAAGCAGGGUUCAUUGUGUACAGCAGUAACCGGGGGAAGCGCUGUUUCUGCCGCUCCAAAAACACCUCCUGCUGGCAGUUUGCAUUUUCAAGAAACCCAUCUCCAGCAAAGUUUUGUUAUUGCUCACUAAUUCUGUUUUUCACAGAAACUCUGAGCAAUUUUCAUAUUUUUUAUCCUGGCUGAAGUACUUUUGAUUCAGUCUAUAAGAAUAAUCAGCCUAUGUUAUAGUUUAAAGUUAAAGAUAUUAAUUGUUUAUUGUUUAUUUGACAGUGAUUUCACAUUUCUUGUUUGUAUGAAGGCUUAAUAUAAAUAUAAAGUGAACAUUAAUUUAUCUGUACCAUUUUUAUUUGUAAAAUAUUAUAUAGUUUAAUAGGACGAGGUUUCAUAGACUUCUAUGGUCUAUUUGUAGGUACAUACAUCCCUUGUUGGUGUUCUUGGCAGCUUUUCUGAGGCUGUUAAAAUAUUGUUUAUAUCAGAAUUAUAUCGUUUCGACCGAAAUGAAGAGAUUUAUUGUGAUAUAAAUUUUGGCCAUUUCGUCCAGCCCUAGGUUCAUACAUAAAACCGUCACUCUUCUGCUGCUGUUAUCCACAUUCCACAUCUUCAGAUCAAAGCACUUUAACUCUUGUUCUCCAGAUACACCGGCAUCAUCUCGGUUUGAAAUGGCCUGUCGGUGACACCUUCCUGAACACCAGACCUGUGGUCGUCCACGUGGAUGAAACGCCUGAUCCAGAUGCUUCUGAGAAGGACUUGUUCAAAUCGUUUUCCAGCAUAAACGGAAAACUCUUCAGCUGCAUUCGGGACAUUCCAUUUGAACCGAUCCCAUAAAAUGAAACUACCAGACAUUCCUGUGAAAUCUGGUUUUAGCCAGAGUGAAGAAUCUUUGCCAACAUGUAAUACUGGUCAAAACAGCUUAUUGCAAAUUCCCACUGACACUUUGCUCAUUUAUGCACUUUGAUAUGUGAUGUGUGAGAAUGCUGUGAUUUGCUUUAUAUUUGGCACUUUUUCUUUCAGAGAGUGAGUUUUUUUUUUUUUUCUUUUAUUCUUUUUUUUUUCUGUUUAAAUACAUUUCAGAGGAUGGUUCAGCAAUAUGUAUAUAAAUAAAUGGAACAAACUGACAGUGAUCGUCAUUUAUUACAUGUAAUGAGUUUCAAAAAUGAGGCAGUGAUUUAUAGAUUAAACGUAAAAGUUAAAUCCCUUCAGUUCCAGCUUAUGCUAGUAAGACCAUAAAUCACAAAUAUUGUAAACUUUAUAUGAAAAGGCUGUAAUAUUUUACAAAAAAUAAAUAAAAAAUUUGAACCUA